UCAGCCUAGUGCUGGGUGUUGGCGCGGAUAUUGAAGACCCGCGAGUUGAAGAAUAAACACAACACGAAGUACAUACUCAGUUUUAGCACAUUUGCGAGGAGGAUCACAGGAAUGGAGAGCAGCAGGGCCCAGUUUCCAUUCCCCUACCAGCCCUAUAACAUCCAAGAGCAGUUCAUGGAAGCCUUGUACAGCGCCCUGGACCAGGGGAAGGUUGGCAUCUUUGAAAGCCCCACAGGAACGGGUAAGUCUCUGAGUCUGAUCUGUGGAGCUCUGAGCUGGCUCACAGACCACGAGGAGAGGAGGAGACGGCAGACGGCUGCUCUACUGGAGGAAGGAGAAGCAGCUCUUUCCACGUCCGCAGUUCAAUCCACCACGGCCAGCUCCUCGGCAGAGCCUGACUGGAUCACUGACUUUGUUCAGAAAAAGGCAGAACGUGAUCUGGUGACAAAGUUGAAGGAGGAAGAAUUAAAAAGAAAGAAGAGGGAAGAACGAUUGGAAAUGAUCAGAAACAACGUUCAGCUCAAGUAUGCAAUGAAAAGAAAGAGCGCUGAGGAUGAGGAGGCGUUCAAGUUGCUUCAGCUCAGUAAAGAGGAACACACAGAGACACAAGGAGAUGAAGAGGAUGAGGAGCUUAUCAUUGCAGAAUAUGAGAGUGAUGAUGAGUCAAAGAACAAAAGCCGAUUCCUUGGGCCUGAAGAUGAUGAUGAUGAUGAACUGAUCGAAGAACACGUCAACAAGAUUUACUAUUGCAGUCGCACACACUCCCAGCUGGCCCAAUUUGUCCAUGAGGUUCAAAAGAGCCCCUUCAGCAAGGACAUCCGUCUGGUCACCCUGGGCUCAAGACAGAAUCUGUGCAUCAAUGAGGAGGUGCGUCGCCUUGGCAGCAUCCAGCGCAUCAAUGACCGCUGCAUGGAGAUGCAGAAAAACAAACACGAGAAACAGCCUCAUGAGGAGGGUGUGAAACGUAAGCGAGGCCCCGCAAAGAGUGUGUGUCCCUAUAACAAAGCUAUGGCACUGCAGCAAAUGAGGGAUGAGGUUCUAGGAAAAGUCCACGACAUCGAGCAGCUGCUGAAACUCGGCAGGGAAACGCAUUCAUGUCCUUACUACUCCACGCGCCUCGCUAUUCCACCUGCACAGUUGGUGGUGUUGCCCUAUCAGAUGGUUCUUCAUGAAGCUACAAGAAGGGCAGCAGGGAUACAGCUGAAGGGACAGGUGGUGAUCAUUGACGAAGCUCACAAUCUUAGUGACACACUCUCCUGCAUACACAGUGCAGAGCUGACUGGAGCGCAGCUCAGCCGCGCUCACUCCCAGCUCAGCCAAUACGCUGACCGCUAUAAGAGCAGGCUGAAGGCAAAGAACCUGAUGUACAUCAAACAGAUUAUGUUUGGGAUUGAAGGGCUUGUCCAGGUGUUGGGAGGUAAGGUGGGACAGAAUCCACAAAGCCAGAUGACACAAACAGGAACAGAGAUGUUUACCAUCAACAACUUCCUCUUCAAGGCUCAGAUUGACAACAUCAACUUGUUUAAGCUACAGAAAUACUUUGAUAAGAGCAUGAUCAGCAGAAAACUGGGUGGUUUUGUGGAAAAGUACGCAGGUUCAGGUGUUAGCCUGCACACUCAGGCCUCCUCCAACAAAGAGAACCGGCGCACAGAGGGCUUAAACCGCUACCUCCAAACACUGCAGACCAACCAGAGCACUGCACCAGUUUCUUCAGCAGACCAGCAGGAGACAGUAGAGGCUGAUAAAACGCUGUCUGCAUCUCCCAUGAUGCAGGUGGAGGGUUUCUUUAAGGCUCUCACCAACAGCAACACCGAUGGCCGAGUGGUGGUGCACAGACAAGGUACUUUGUCAGAAAACAGUGUCAAGUUCCUGCUGUUGAAUCCAGCGGUCCACUUUUCCCAGGUUCUGAAGGAGUGCAGGGCCGUCAUCAUUGCUGGGGGCACCAUGCAGCCUGUUUCAGACUUCAAACAGGAGCUUCUAUUUUCUGCGGGAGUUGGAGAAGAUCGCAUCAGUGAGUUUUCCUGUGGUCAUGUAAUUCCUCCGGAGAACAUUCUUCCCCUCGUCUUGUGUAGCGGUCCUUCUGGUCAGGAGCUGGAUUUUACUUUCCAAAAUAGAGACUCUCCAAAGAUGAUGGAUGAGACAGGGCGCAUUCUCUCCAACAUUUGUAACGUGGUACCGGGAGGAGUCGUGUGUUUCUUUCCUUCUUAUGAGUACUCGAGGCGGAUGGUUUGUCACUGGGAGGCCAGUGGUGCUCUGGCUCGUCUCGCCAACAAAAAGAAGAUCUUCCAGGAGCCAAAGAAAGCCAAUCAGGUAGAGCAGGUGCUGAGCGACUUCUCCCGCUGUAUCCAGAGGUGCGCUCUGGGUGGCGGUGGACUCACAGGAGCGUUACUGUUCUCUGUGGUUGGAGGAAAGAUGAGUGAGGGCAUCAAUUUCUCUGAUGAUCUGGGCCGGUGUGUAGUGAUGGUGGGAAUGCCGUAUCCCAACAUCAAGUCCCCAGAGCUGCAGGAGAAGAUGAGUUACCUUGACAAACACAUGCCUCACAGUGGAGGGAGGAGCCCUGGCCAAGCACUGAUAGAAAACCUCUGCAUGAAGGCUGUGAAUCAGUCUAUAGGAAGAGCUAUCCGUCAUCGUGGCGACUACUCCUCCAUUGUGCUGUGUGACAGACGUUACUCCAGAGCCGCUACGCUCUCCAAACUUCCCACGUGGAUCAAAGAUCGCACCAGCACAUGCACGAGUUUUGGCCUUGCUUUUGCUGCCUUGCGAAAGGUAAGAAUCAGACUCAAACCACUGUACAGAGACACUAUAGCACCUGGUUGUUCUGUUCUUAUUUACACUAAAUGUUAUGUGUUUUAGUUCUUUCAGGAAAAAAAGCAGAAGCAGGUGUAAUUUUGCUCCUGAAGGGCUCAGCUGUCAUCUUCCUGUUUUCUUAACGGUACAACACUGGGACAAGAGCUGGAAGAGGAGGAACCUUCAGAAAAAUCCAGUGCAACAUAAGAAAAUGUGCUCUGACUAAAAUAAAAUAAAAAUAUAUAUAUAUAUAAUUAAAGGGUCUCGGUACUAUGUUCCUUGUUACAAGAUUGUUGCAGCUCUUCAAUAUUUACAUAAAUGUACCUAUCAGACCUCUGUGCGUUGGCAGCUGGAAUUCAACAAUCAACCAGCGAAGAGAGUUUUUCUAUUUUCAUUACCUCACUUUGUAGAUUGUUCUGUUUUGCACUGGUAACAAUCCUUUAUGAAAAAUGUAAAGUGUAAUGAUUCCCAAGUAUUUGAAUGCACACUGCAGACAAAGACUAAAAGGGACAUUUAUCAGUUUGACUUGUGGUUUAUCAGUCUGGAACAUGUUGGAAACGAGAACGCCUCCUCAACAGUUUUUAAUUUCGGUUCUGUUAAAAUUAAUCACUGAAGCAGAUUCCAGGCACAGCAGUGGCGUAGGCAUCCAUGUUAAUGAUUUACCCUGGAAG